AUGAGCAACUUCCUCACGCUCCAAGUUCAUCCACGACCACUCUCUAAUGAAGUUCCUCCUUUCCCUGGAUUGUACUGGCCAUUCCCCGUAAAUGGACCACAAUAUGUCUAUCUCUACGACACCGAACCAAUCUGGCGAUUCACCCUCUACUGGACUUUAAUCUUCAUCGGCGGCGUGCAUCUGGUCGCUGCCGCAUAUGCCUGCGCUGUACAGUAUCGGAACUGGAAACUUAUUUGGGUGGGACCGCUUAUUUUCGCGGUGAUUGGAACCAUCGAAGCGCUGAUUGCCGGGAACGUUAUUGGAGGGUUACUUGGUGCUAUCUACACUGGAGGUUUCUUCCGCAUGUCAACCUGGAUACCGUUCUCUUGGGGAGCGAUUAACGCCAUGGUGCUGAUCUUGUCGUCGUUUGCUAUUCAAGGUGGACUUUGA